AUGGCUUCAACAUCCUCAUCCUCCACCUCUUCGGUUGCAGAACCAUACCGCAAUAAUACCAAAAAGACGGCACAAGAACUUGAUGUACUAUCUGCAAAAUAUGCUCAAGCAAUAGCUCAACGAAAGAAAAUGGUAGCCUCAUGGCUCCAAGAUAGCGAUGAUGAUAAUGAUGAUAAUGGUGACGAUAAUGGUGAUGAUAAUAAUGACAAUAAUAAUAAAAAUUCAAUAGCUACUUCUAAUAGCAACCAAAUAGAUACAGACGAUUCACCAUUCAUGACCCAGUUUAAGCCGCAUUCAAACUCAACGGCAGGCUUAGGGUCUUUACGAGCACACCAAAAACAAUCUUUUCAAUUUGUUCGCUCUAAGCUCGGCAUAGGGAUUAAUAGUAGUAAUAGUAGUAGUAAUAAUAAUAAUAAUAAUAAUAAUAAUAAUAAUAAUAAUAAUAAUGGACCAGCCAUGUCUAGUGCAGAUACAAAAAUGCUUGGGAAUGCUGCAAAAACGCUCAACGGUGUUCGAAAACAGUUACAACGGAAUUCUAGAAAUAUAUCAAAUAACAGAAACGUUGACUACAAAGCCCGAACUUCAGCCGUCACCGCCGUCACCGCCGACGCCGACGCCGCCGCCGCCGCUAAAAUUCCAGCUUGGUCUUCGGUGGCCGGUGGCACGGCUGCAACGGGAAGAAAGACAAGAGGUGCAAUAGGGGCAAUAGGGGCAAUAGGGGCAAUAGGAGCAAUAAGAAGCAACAAGCAAGGUGGUAGUGCGGCUGGAAAAAGUGAAAAUGACAACGGCAGUGACAACGACGACAGCGACGAUGAUGAUGAUGAUGAUGAUGAAGAAAGUAGAGGCAAAGCUACGAUAUCUAAACGAAAUAAAAGUACUUCAUUUUUUGAUACAUAUAGGUCUUCCAAAAAAAGAAAAUAA